UGGUGCGGGGGGACAAAAAUCCCAGGAUGGUGAUCAAGGUCAAGGGCUGGCAAUCCUGCACCACGUCCCAUUCUGCCUCAGUCCACCUCUUCCUGCUUCUGACAUCACUUCCUGAUUGCCGUCACUUCUUCUUUCGCCUUAGCGUCUGCCUCUGACAUCACUUCCUGUUCUACACCCACUCCUCAUGAGAUCCCACGUCUGUUUGUGACAUCAUUUCCUGGGCUGCCACCCACUCCUUUUAACCCCUUCUUCUGCCUCUGACAUCAUUUCCUCCCCACCCAGGGAACACUCUGUGGCUUUGUGAUGUCACCCAGGCGAUGAGGUCACAGUGGGGCCGGGGAUCCAUGGGCAUGUCCUGCUCCCUCCUGCUCCUCCUUCUCCUCCUGCUGCGCCCCCGGGGGGCGGGCGGUUGCCUGCAUUGCGACAAGCCCUUCCUGCGGGGGCUGGGGGUGCUGCUGCGGGAGGUGGUGCCCUCUGAGGUGCCCGACCGGGAUGCCCUAAUUCAGCGCCAUGUCCAGGCCUUUGAGCACCUCUACAGCACCCACCUGCCAGAGAAACACCACCGGGUGCUGGAUGUCCGUGGGGUGCUGGCUGUGAAAGCUGCUCUGACCAGCUGGCUGAGGGCUCUCAAGGAGACGCCCUGGAAAGGGCCAGCUGCCCCCCAGCAAUGUCCCUCUAUCUAUCCCCCAGGGGUUCACCUGCUGCAGCUGACGCUGGCCCAGCACCGCGACUCCCUGCGAACCCUACUCCGAGAGACCCUGGAGAGCUUCGCUGACUUGGCCUGCUCCGAGGACUGCACGGUUACGGAGGGGCCAGUUCUCGACUGCUGGACCUGCCUUCGCAUCAGUGCCCAGUGCUUCGACGGGGAGCUCUGUGGAGAGGAGGACCCGCAGGAUGCAGAGAGGAAGGAAAUCACCCUCUAUCUCUUCCUGGUCUGCCAAUCUGUGCUGCUGGCCUCGGCCGCCCUGCUGUACUGCGUAUGCUACCGACACCGCAGGUAGCUGGAGGACAGGGCCUGGGCCGGACGGGGCAGGUGGCUGGAGUGCUAGCCAGGUGAGGGAGUGAGAAAGGGGCAGCGGGACCCAGACCCCCAGCCCAGCUGGGGAGGAAGGCGGGGGCAGCAGGACCCAACCCCUCACCCACCUGGGCAUGCCAGGCCCUAUGGCUUCCCCGGUGUAAGCCUGAAAAUAAAAUACUCGUGUCGUUUG